AUGUCAAGCGAACCUGAUUAUGAAGUUCCCCCUGUACGCAGAAACCUUGCUGUCCGUGGCUUUCCAGUACCCAGCAGUUUUAAUAUUCCAGAUGCCGUCGAAAGGUAAUCACUAAAAUCUUCUGUUUGAUUUUUUUAAUUAAUAAAAAUCUGUUUGCUUUACCUUAAGCCACUUUUAUUACUUAGCAACUGGACAACACAUCGCAUUAAGCAUGCUAAAACAAUGAAAACCAUGAAGAAAAAAAAAAUAGAUAAAGUAAAAGCUACUAAGAGAUAAAUCAGACUAGUCAAAGUCUGGAUAUCACUGGUUCUGUAGCUAGAUCCACUAGUUAGUAAGGCAGAAACGCUAUACCCAAACUUCUCUUGAGUGCCCCGCCCCGAACCGGCGACUCACUGCCUUUGGGGGUAACAUUGUCCUGCUCCUUGCCCUUCUAAUAAUAAUAAUAAUAAUAAUAAUAAUAAUAAUUAUAAUAAUAAAUUCAUACUACAAAAACCGCAUUGAGCUUCCGGCGCGUCAGACAUUCCCUAGCUUUUGUGCGCUACUCCUUUUAAAGGAUAUGAUAGUUGCUUCGACUUUUCCGAAGUCCAAGAAAGUAAGGCCCUGUUUAAACGUCGAUGCCCUCAUGUUUCGAAGUUAAUAUGGAUUUAGGUCGACCCAAAUGACACAAGUUCGACGGUUGAUUCAGAUGUCGAACUUAAUUAGUCAGACUCAAUUCAUUUCCACGAUGUUUAAUUAUCUAAAAUGCUUGCAAGUGAAAAUAAGUUAGUUAUUUGUGCAUUAGGUUCGGUACAUGAGAAGUUCGAUGUUUGAAACGAAGUCGCUCCACAUCCGAUAUUCCCAUGUGGGCCACUCGAUCUUAAUUCAUGGGUCGACUCAAACUAGACAUGUCGGAUUUUAUUUAUUCAAACGUCGAUCUCUUCAUGUACUUAAUUGAAGGAAUUAGGUUCGGUACAUGAAAAGUUCGACGUUUGAACCGGGCCCCGAGUCUUUUCUCUGCAUUUAUUUUAUUUUAUUUUUUCUUUUUACGUACAGGGGAAACGAACUUCUACCAAAUGUUGACGAUGAAAUUCAGAAUCCCCAGGCUUUUGAGACUGCAAUAAUGGUAGCCGAUUUUCUUUUCAACACACAUCGUUAUAUUCAUGCCAUCGACCUAUAUGAGGAGGUUAUAAGCCUUCUCAGUCUGUUCGCUUUUAAAACAGCAGAGUUGCCGGUAGGUCACUCCAAGAAAAAGUUUGAUGCUUAUGUCAGUGAUCUUUCUAAUAAGCUUAAAGCGACUAAAGAAAUUCUGCAAAGUGAACAUGACCAAGAGAAAGGGGCAUUCAAUGAGGUGCAAAGCAAAACGUUCUCAUCGAAUUUUCUAGAUGAUGGAUCAGGGAUAAAUGACGAAGAGGAGAGAAAAAUUGCGUUUUACGAAACACUUGGGUCUACAUUUUAUUCUAUGAGUCGUUAUCAUGCGUCCAUUUGGUAUUUUAAACAAGCAGCUGAAAUGAUCAAGGCUACUGGAAACAAGCUAGAAGAGCAAAGAAUCGACACGAAUCUGGCCAUUGUGUAUAACGCUGCCUGUCAGUAUGAUAAAGCGUUCAGUUUUCAAGAAAAGGCCCUUAAACUUAGUCAAGAAAAUGGAGACGUAGAAGGACAACUAGAAUGCUAUUGCAGUCUUGGUAGUUUAUGCAACGAUCGUGGUCAGUUUGACCGAGCAAUCAGUUAUUAUUCAAAAUGUCUUGGUCGCAACAACAAAAGGAGAGAGGCAAUGGCCCUGAACAGCAUUGGCAAUGUGUACCUUGCAAAUGGCCAGUACGCUGCCUCCAUUAGCCGCUAUGAGGAAAGCCUAGAAAUGAGACAAGAGGUUAAUGACACCACUGGAACAAGCAUCACCUACAACAACCUCAGCUGUGCGUAUUAUUGCAUGGGCAGAUAUGAAAUUGCUAUCCAGUAUCAGGAGCAGGCUUGCCAGAGAUUGCAAUCUACUGAAGCGAGAAAACUAUUGUCAGUUUCCUACAGCAACCUGGGCGGUUUGUAUCAAGCUCUCGGUAAGUACGAUUUGUCACUGGAGAAUUACAACAAAGGCCUCAACAUAAGAAAGGAACUUGGAGACAUUGCAGGAGAAUGUCGCGCCUACAGAGAAAUCAGUAGUGUUUACAAUGCCCUUGGUCAGCUUCGGGAAUCUCAGCUCUACUACGAGAAGGCAAACAAACUUGAGCGAGUGUUUUCAAACAAACCAAAGCAAGCCGCUCAGUCUGGGCAGUGGAUUGCGCAUAGAGAAAAGGGACUCGAGGUUAUUGAGGACAUUGGAGUUAAAAAAAGUGAACGCCUUAUUUUAUUUAAAAUAAACCUCUCUCACAUGUCCAGAGUUAAGUUCUACAGCGCCUCAGACCAGUUGGUUGGGGAAAUUGAAAGACACGAGAUUAGUCGAGAACCCCUUACUGAAGAGCUCAAGCUUCAGUUGGAUGAGCAAAGCCUUCUGCUCUACAAGACACUUGCCUUGAGACAAAUUGGCUGUGAAGAUUUCGCAGAUGCCUUGUUAACCUUGGAGAAUUCUCGUGCCCGCAUACUUGUGGAGUUGCUCAAUUUAAAGAAAGAUAAAAACCCGGGAGUUUCUUCAACAACGUUACACAGUUUAAACGCCACCUUUUCGUUUAUCGCAAAACGCGGAGAGAACCUAUUGUUUAUCGCCACAUUACAAGACAGCAUUUGUCUCUGGUUUAUUAACAGGCUUGGAAAUCUAACCUUUAAGUCCUACGUUGUGCCUGAGGAUCUAAAAUUGAAUUUCUCAUUGAUUAACUUUCUCCGUACAGGCUCAGUACAUUGUGAAGACAGAGCUUUAGCAAGCGAUGAUUCUGCAGACAGGCAGACAACCCCCCAAACUUCAUCGAAAAUGCCAGUGGAAGAAGGUCCUUCGGUGGCCAUGGUUUCUAAGCUUUUAGCUUGUCCACGUGAAGACGAUGAGCUGAGCUUUUUGCACCAGGUAAUCUUCGGCGUUGUUAAAGAACUUCCAGAUGACGAAGAGAUUAUUUUCGUUCCUGAAGGAGCCAUCUUUCGAUGUCCAUUUGCGUUACUGAGAAACACUAAUGACGAUUACCUAGCAGAUAAGGUGAGAAUGCGCGUCAUUCCGUCCAUUACAACACUCAAAAUCCUCCAAGAUUUGCCGAAGGAAUACCAUUCUAAUGUCGGAGCGCUGCUCGUGGGUGAUCCUUCCGUUCCCCUUCUUUCGCUACCACAAUUACCUGAUGCGUUAAAAGAAGUGAAAUUGAUAGCCAAUCUUCUUGGAGAGCAGGAGUCGUGUCUUACAGGCAAGGAGGCUACAAAAAGAGAAGUAUUGCGUAAAAUGCCAGAUGUCAGUUUGCUGCACUUCGCUACCCAUGGCCGCGAAGAAGAUGGAGCUAUCGCCCUUGCUGCCGAUGAUCAGGAUAUGUGCACCGAGGGAAGUUAUAUUCUAGCUGUAAACGAUGUAGCAGAAGUUACUGUAAGAGCCAAACUGGUAGUGCUCAGCAUCUGUCAUGGUGCCCGCGGAAGGAUCUGGAAUGCUGAAGGAGUUGUUGGAAUGGUUCGUGGCUUUCUUGUUUCUGGUGCCCGUUCAGUUCUCGCACCGUUAUGGACUAUUGAGGAUAAAGCUACCCUUGCCUUCAUGGAAAGCUUUUAUAAACACCUGAUUGACCAUAAUAUGAGUGCAAGUAGAGCUCUUCACCAAACCAUGAAAGACAUGAGGAACUCUGACAAGUUCAGCGAAGAAACGCACUGGGCUCCGUUUAUUCUUUAUGGAGAUGACGUAACGCUUGACUGGAACAAAACUACCGAUAAU